GCGCUAUAAAGGGACUUGGCGCCGGCGCCAGCUGAGCAGCGCGGCCCGGGCGGCGGCGGCAGAGGCAGAGAUCUUAGAAUCCAAAGAAGAUGUCAAGACGCAGUAGUCGUUUGCAAGCCAAGCAGCAGCAGCCACUGUUAUGUCAAGAAGAAUCUCCACAAGAACUGCAGGCACCAGAAUAUCUCCAGACAAGAAAAAGGAGAACAGCAGAGGAGAUUAAGAAAAGAGAAGAUGGGAAAAUGGCUAAAAAGCAUCAGUAUGAGAUUAAGAGCUGUUGGCCGCCCACGAUAACAGGAGGAGUCUCGCCUUGCAUAAUCAUUGAAACACCUCACAAAGAACCAGUAACCACUGACUUCUCAAGAUUCAAAAAAUACAGGUUCAGAAACCUCUUCAUAAAUCCAUCACCUUUGCCAGAACUCAACUGGGGAAAUUCCAAAGAUGUCUGGCUCAACAUCCUGAAGAAGGAGAACAGAUACAUUCAUUGCAAACACUUCACAUCACUACAUCCUAGUUUGCAACCUCACAUGAGAUCAAUACUCUUAGACUGGCUCCUAGAGGUGUGUGAGGUUUAUGCACUCCACAGGGAAACCUUCUACCUGGCUCAAGAUUUUUUUGAUAGAUUCAUGUUGACUCAAAAGAACAUUAACAAGAGCAUGCUUCAGCUCAUAGGAAUUACCUCAUUAUUCAUUGCCUCCAAACUUGAGGAAAUCUACGCUCCUAAAAUACAGGAAUUUGCUUAUGUUACUGAUGGUGCUUGCAGUGAAGAUGAUAUUGUAAGAAUGGAACUCAUUAUGUUAAAGGCUUUAAAAUGGGAACUGUGUCCAGUGACAAUUGUCUCUUGGCUGAACCUCUACCUUCAAGUGGAUGCUCUGAGGGAUGUUCCAACAGUGCUGCUACCUCAGUAUUCUCAGGAAAAAUUCAUUCAGAUAGCACAGCUCUUAGACCUCUGCAUUCUGGAUGUGAAUUCCUUGGACUUCCAGUACAGAACACUAGCUGCUGCAGCCCUCUGCCACUAUACCUCAAUUGAAGUAGUGAAGAAAGCUUCUGGCUUAGACUGGGACAGCAUUUCAGAGUGUGUAGAGUGGAUGGUUCCCUUUGUGAACGUGGCCAAAAAGGUCUCUGUGAAGCUGAAGAACUUUAAGAAGGUUGCAGCAGAAGAUCGACAUAACAUCCAAACGCACACCAAUUACUUGGACAUGCUGGAAGAAGUUAACAGUGGAGUAGCAGCUACUGCCCCAGGUCAGUUAUCACCUGUGUCAACAGGAGGAAUAAUAACCCCUCCCAAAAGUACAGAGAAGAAAUGAAGGGUGGACAAACCCUCACGAACCAUUUCAGAAACAGGACUUGGUGCUUCAGAACAAGGCUGCACUAAAGGUGACUCGUGCUUUUUGCUGCUGUUGAAGACUUGAGCAGUAAAAGAUGUGUCAGAGCAGAAGAUGGAAAUUGAGACCAGUGUCCUCCUACAGACUUGAUAAAAGAUUCAGACCAAGCAUCCCUCCCUGCUCUCACAGGAGCCUGGAUUACUUUGGUCCAUUCUCAGACAGAACUUAGGUUAACUCUGACAAUUCCUAACUUAUGAGUUCCAAGAACUUUUUAAACAUGGUUGAGUGGCAAAGUUUGUCCACUGAACUUACAUGCCAAACUUGCUUUAACUUGGGCUAGCAAUGCAGGAGACUUUAUGACAGCUUGUACAUAUUACCUCUUGUUGUUUGGUUCUUUUUUUUUUUGUAAGGUCAGUGCUUAGUGCCUGUCACCCAGGAGCUCAGGUGCAGUAUUACAGAGGUCAGUGGGGCAGCAGUUUUGGGUUUGGUUUUUUUUUUUUUUUGAAACCACUGCUUUUAGAUUACAGUGUAGUCAGCCCUGCAACAAAUUCUAGCUCCACAGGAGGAGGAUGAAUUUAUGGUGGUCCUUUAGGGCUGCUCUAAAUGUAAGUUCCAGUGUAGCACUGACCUUGGGUAAGAGUACAGGCAAAGGUGCUGCUCAACUACCCUUAACUGGAAGAAGCAUAGUCCUUGAAGGAAGGAGUUUUAUUUUGUACAAUCCAGCCACCAGCUUACAAGACCAAACACAACAAGCACUGGAGAGGGUAUGGAAAAAAGUGAGCUGCUGGUACUCUACAACCACUCAUGUAGGAACAGUAUUUUAAACUAACUGUGGAGCUGUAUUUUAUCAGUGUUUCUAAACAGCAUUAACUACUGUGUUUUCCUUGGAAUAUUCACUACCUCUGCCUAUGAGGUGCUUUACUUCUGUGAUGAAGGGACAGUACUGGGAAAGAUGGGUAUUGGUCCUCUUUCCACCCGUGUCCACCAUCCAGGAGCAAGGUUUACAUGACAUCCAGCAGUCUGAAGCUGCACUAGAGCAUCAGGUGCUACCCCCAUCCUCAUUACACUCAUUCUCUUAGCAACUUUACUAUCAUUUUCAAACAAGCCAUUGUGGAACUAGCUGAAGUUGUUUCCAACCUUCUGUACAGUUUGUAAAAAUAUGGGGUUUAUUUUAAGAUUUCAUCUAUUUCUAAAAAGAAAGUUACUGGACUGUAAAUGUUGUAUAAAAAUUUAAAUGAAUUUUAAAAAUAAAGCCUUGCAAUUUUUUUUUCACUG